AUGGCAAAGAUGAUGUGGGCCAUGUUUCUCAUGCUCAUGCAGCUGGGAACAGUGAAGGCAUGCGACAGCUAUAACGACACCAACGCGACCUACUGCGAAUCGAUGAAGGAUGACGGGUGCACAUGCGUCUGGAUGAACUCCACUUCGUCCUGUAGCACAGGUUCGGUCUGCGACAAUACCACCACCACCACCACCACGGACCCCAAUGCCACCACCACCACCACGGACGGUGGGGGUGCCUCCAUCAGUGCGGGCCACUGGGCACAGCCGGGGCUCCUGGCGGUUCUGGGACUCCUCUUGCUGACCCAUCUUCGCUGA